CCUACUUGCAAGUUUACCACAAACUGAUAUCAAAUCAUUAGCCAGUUUGUGUCAGCGUCCUGAUUUGUGUAGUGACAGUGUUACAACUUGAAUUUAAAGAACAUAGUUGUGUUAUAAGAAAAAUUUACGAAAAAAAUGUGCAGCAACGAAAGUCCAACGAAUCCAGCGCCGAGAUUCCCAUUCCCAUUGGAGGCCAGUGCACCCAGAGCACUACUACCCAUCGACCAGUACCGUCUUCAGCUCUACCAAUAUGCCGUCGCUGAACGUCUGAGGUAUCCACUAUUGAAUCCGUUUCCGCCACCGUUAACGUGCUAUCCACUAUUUCCACGGGCCCUUCAACCCGAAGAGCCCAAACCCCAGCACAGUUAUAUCGGUCUUAUCGCAAUGGCAAUUCUGAGCUCACCCGAAGGAAAACUAGUCCUCUCCGACAUCUACCAGCACAUCCUGGACCACUAUCCGUACUUCAGAACGAGGGGCCCCGGCUGGAGGAACUCAAUACGGCACAAUUUGUCGCUGAACGAUUGUUUCAUAAAAGCCGGACGCAGCGCCAACGGAAAGGGUCACUACUGGGCAAUCCAUCCGGCCAACGUCGAGGACUUCAGGAAAGGCGACUUCCGACGACGCAAGGCCCAGCGGAAAGUACGCAAACACAUGGGCCUGGCCGUCGACGAGGACGGCGCGGACUCGCCGAGCCCGCCGCCGCUUUCCGUAAGUCCGCCGGUGGUUCCGGGCCCUUCGACGGCCGUCUAUCCGGUCCCGUCGACCCGGGGACCGUCGCGUAAACGUCAGUUCGACGUGGCGUCGCUCCUCGCGCCCGACUCCGGCGAGGACACCAACGAGGAGGACAUAGACGUCGUCUCCAGCGACCAGCAGGAGCAGAACGCAACGGCGAACCAGUGGCCCAUGUUCCCGAUAGUAAAUUAUUAUCAGGCCCUGUUGCAAGCCCGGCCCGGUCAAAUCAAAACGGAGACCUCGACAGACGGUGGUGCCGACUCUUAA